AAGUGACCUCUUAAUAGAAGGUGACUGCUUAAUGGAAGUCAAAUAUAUAGUAAACGAUUUGAAGCGAAUUUCGGAAAUUUGAAUAAUGACCUCUUAAUAGAGCUCCUCUUACACCUGUAAUAGAGGUUUGACUGUGCGCCAGAGAAAUUGGAAAACGCAACAAUCACCGGUCAUUUUGGAUUUGUGUUUGAGGAAAACGCAGGCAGAGAAAUCAAGUAUCAAAGCAGGUACGGAUUGACAAAAAUUUAACUUAGAUAAUUAAAACGGAAUGUAAUAUGGGUUUUUGUUAGGCUGAACAGUUUUCAAAGUUAAUAUCUUAUUCAUUUGUUUGUCACCUUUAAUUGUAACGCCCGGUAGAAGUAUUUGUUUGUAAUGAAGCAAUAAGACCCAUAGAAAUAAUUUGUUCACAACACUGAUAAGUUUCAUAUAUAGCGAGUAUCGAUGACCAACUCAACUCGUGAAACAAUUCCUUUCAAGCCUCAGACCCAUAAAAGAAAUUUAACUUGUUCAAUUCUGUCUCCUGAAUACGACGGCAUCAGAGACACUGAAGAACACUUAUUUGACCGUGUGCUCUAAAAGCUACUUUAUAACCCUUUGUGGAUCGUCUAAAACUAAAUUUGUGUUAUUGCCAACCAACUUGUUGUGCCGUUCCUUGUUGUGCCGCUAUGACUUAUUGAAAUACGUAUAGGUUAUCGUCAGAGUUAUCGUAUGGAUGCAAGUGUACCUAGUUACAUUACGAGUGAUGUUUGAAAGAAUUCAGUUUCAAAUAUCACGAGUUGUGCAAAUUCUUUGAAAUUGCUCGAGCUUUCAUAGGAUUACAUAGGAUUUCAUGGGAUUUUUUGUAUGACUUUGAAAAUUACGAACGCGCCCGGUAUUGAUCAGUUUUCACUGUACUGCAAAUUAAAAAUCAACGACAAAUUGGCCUGCUCUCAGCCAGUCACAAUUAAGUGAUUUUCUCAGUCUCGUAAUUUAAAACAAAAUAGAAUACUACAAAGUCAGUUCUUUUGUUGUGCAGAUCAUGUCUGUCUCUAAUUUAAUGCUCUGUGGCUUGAUCGUGUUUCUACCUGAGACCUUUGGAGUAACGGAGUGGGGUUUUGGGCGAUAUAUAAAGUACGAACCUGGAAACAUGAGCCUCAUCUUAACCGCCCCUCAUGGUGGAAAUCGCAACCCAUCACGACAGAGUACUGGUAAAAUGUGGCCAGAUAGAACCGAUUACGGCUGUAAAGGAAAAGAUGGUAAAUGUAUCUGGACACAUAAUUGUGGACCAACUAGUACGGACUGCAAGACUCGGAAAUUAAGUGACUUGCACACUGUAAAAGUUACUCGAGACAUUGCAGAUAGAAUUAAAGAAAUCACAGGUUUUCGACCACACGUUGUGUACAACCUGCUGCGAAGAAGCAAACUAGAUGCCAACAGAGAGGUUAAUGAAGCAACUUGCAAUGUCUCAGAUGCAAUCAAGGCUUUUCAAGAUUAUAACAAUUUCAUCUGCAAGGCUCGGUCCGCUAUUUCUGACCGUGGUUUGCUAUUAGACAUCCACGGUAGCGCAGAUCAGAAACAAAGAACGGAGCUGGGCUAUCUUAUUCACAGCAAGCACCUUGACAGUGAAAGCUACAGUAAAGAUGUAACGUCUAUCAGAAGUCUUGGUAGACAUUGGUGUGGAGAUGACAAUAAUUGUUUUAAAAAUUUCAUCUGUGGCAACAGGAGUCUCGGUCAUUUCAUGAAUCUGGAAGGGUUACAUGCAGUACCCUCUCCAGAAAACAAGAAAGUAAAACUGGAUGUGGUUCACUAUUUCUCGGGAGGAUUCACUGUAGCGAAAUAUGGAUCAAGAGAUGGAGGGGAUAUUGAUGGAAUCCAGAUGGAAUUUUCCAGAGAAAUUCGCUCAAGAUGGGGAGAAAAUACAAGAAAUAAGAUAGUUAAUGCCAUUUUAUGUUUUCACCGGCUUAACUAUACAUAACAACAAAGUAACGAAGUUGUAUUUUACCAAGCCUAAAAGUUUGCUUCGCGGAGUGCAAAAAUCAGAGAGCGUGGGGUUUGGUGACGAGGCUGAAAUAGGCAAAGCAUUUUCAUUCAUGUUUAUGCCGCGAAAUUCCGGAUUGUGUAAGUUAAAUAAAUCUAUUAAUGAAUUCUAAUUGUGCAAUAAAACAAGGAAUUAUCACGUGCAAUGUCUUCUCAUUCGAGUUAUCCACUUGCCCUGAUUCGGAGCAUUUCAAAACAGAUACGCAAGCCGCUAAGCCUGAUCGAAUUUUCGACCCUCCCGCCUCCCCGUCAGCGACGUGACAAAGCUAUAGUGCUGUCUCACCGAGUCGCUCAUUGCCUCGGUCACAAUCCUUCCCCAUAACUUAACUACGUGAGACAAUGAGCGGCAUAAUUUAUGAAUGAAUGUUAUACCAUUCUGCAAACUUAACAUACCCACAACUCCACGUGUACCGCGCUCCAACGGAGUGGGAGGCUUGGGAACGAUGUAAAUUGGGGGGUUGGAUUCUGGAAUGAGCACAAAUAAAGGUUGUUGUCGUCGGAACGAUGAGGCUGAUGUCUUUUACAAAACUCGAGUUGUAUUUCUUUAUUUUUUUCGUUAGCUAGGGUAAAAGUUUAACUACAGUUCAAUUUUAAUAUACGAACGUUUGGCGAAGACACCUGAAAAUGCUUUGAGUAAGUUUUUUUAUUAUUAUUAUUAUUAACAAAUCUCCCUGCUUGGGUUACUUACGACUGAUCAUUCAGCUUCAGUUGUCAGUUUCAAGUAUGCAACGCGGCCAAGUCCCGUUCAUAUGGACACCGUAGAAACCACAGAAAGUUCUGUCUAUAUUAGAAAAGUCAGUUGAUUUCAAAAAAAGUGUAUCAGCUGGGAAAAAAAUCUUCGUAAAUAGUAACAAAAUGGUCAUAUCGCUAAAGCGGGAUUUGAACCUACUUUACCUAACGCAGCGCCAAUAUGCAAUACUGAAAUUGUACGAGAAAAUGCAUUUGAUGAAUUUCAUUUGCUGAAAAGGAAAUUCUCCAAUGUACAAAGAGAAUUUGAAAAGGUAAGCUCUGAAGCCUGUGUUUAGACUUUAACCUCGUUCCCAGUGGCCUCUCCCUCACGUGGGGAGCGGCGCCACGUGAGGAAAAGGGCCCGAGAACGAGGUUGGCUAACCUUGAUUCGUGCCGCUCAUGUCAACUCCUUUAAAUUUUCCUAAGUAGUCUUGGUAAUGGCUUCUUUUAAUUUGAUGUUUCCCCCAGACGCUAU